AUGGCCCUGACUCGAGCCCAAGCUGCUGCGGCUGCUGCUGCGGCUGCAUCAGGUCAAGUGAAUGAGGUGACAGACGCCGAAACUGCGAUGGUGGAGCACGUGGGGACAGACCUGACAUCUUCAUCGGCUCUACCGCUCGCUCCCAGCGUUGCUGAUCAUCUGGCAAGUCUCGCCCAGCACUUUAUAGCUCAAACACAGACCCUUGCUGCUGAGCACGUGGCAUUGCAGCAGCAGCAACAAGGGCACAGUCACGCCCAAAAUGCAGCAUUGGUGGCGAUGCAGGUCUCGACAGAGGCCAAUUUGAGGCAGCUCACUGAUCAACAACGCGCAAUUGUCGAAAGACUAGGUGAAGCUCUGACAGCAACGCAAUCAAAUCUCCAAGAUCAGCUCCAUCAUCUACAAACGGCUCAAGACGAGCGAGGAGGACAAAUAGAGCAGUUCGUGAAUAACAGAGUUGCUCACGCACUGCAAGAAGUACAGAAGGAAUCACAGAGAGAAGCUUCGUCUCAGAUCCAGGGAGUACACAAAAUGCUUGAAGAGAUCGAAGCCAAAGUUCACAGUGGCCUUGAGAACCUAUCGCAGUACGUUCAGCAGAUCGUUGAAGACAAAGUUACAGCAUCUCGCCUUAGUGAUGCCCCCGACGACCUAUCGCAGUACGUUCAACAGCUCGUUGAAGACAAAGUUACAGCAUCUCGCCUCAGUGAUGCCCCCGACGACGGGACAAUACUUCUCAUACAGAAAGAAGUAGAGGCGGCUACCUCGAGCAUUGCGUCUUCCAUAAAGACAUCGCUGCAGCUGGAUCUCCAGACAGUGUGCGACACUAUACGGCAAGAAUUACUGGUGCGCGUCGACAGUGCUGAGGAGCCACGCCGUGAAGCUUUAAGGGCCCUGGUCAUGGAAAUAACAACCGAUGCGGAGCGCCGAUUGGAGGCUCGGAUGCAGCGAGCUCUUACAAACACGCAAUCUGAAUUGAAUCUGCAAGUUCAGCGCCAAGCGGACGCGACAUCGGCACUGUGUGAGCAAGUUCGAAAACUAAGUGUUCGGUCAAAGCGACAAGUCCAACAAAACGACGAAAGUGUCCUGGAAAGUACUAUUGCAGAUCUUGUUCAAAAAGCAGUCGACCAGCGCAUUAAAGCUCAACAAGAUAAUGAGCUCUGUCGAUCUGAUGCCAACUAUCGUCUUCAACAAGAAUUACAUACGCAGCUCCAAGACUCUCGCAAUAGUAUUGAUCGCAGUUUGCAGUCAGCCGCUGGCGAAAUUCGAAGGAGCAUUAGAGACGAAGUACGUGGUGCCGUGGUUGAGGGGACCAAACUGACAAAGGUUCCGGAAGCUAACCCGGGCUGCAAGGCUGAUGAAUUAGAUGAUGAUAUACCUGCUACUGACGAAGAUUUCGAACUUGAGAAGAGGAUGCAAGAAGCCUGGUGGAGAUCGUACAUGCAAAACAUGUCGUCUGUACCAGCGGAUUCGCCUACAACCAUAGGCAGCGAUGUACCUGACGUUGUGGAGGAAAAGGCACCGACGGCGUCGCCGGAGAGAGAUCGCUUAAGCACGAUUGAGAGGGAGACUAAGGAAACUUUACCGCCGCUGGCAGAACUACCGCAGUUGCAGGGGGGUCUCUUGCAGUCACCGCCGCCCCCUAAUGUCGCGGUGCUACAGCGAAUUGGAUCAGAUUCGCAUGGCCAGCGGCUCUCUCGCCGCUCCUUGCACCAACAACUUCUGCUGUCGCAGCCACCGCAGCCUCCAAAUGCCGGGAUAGUGCAGAGAACGGAUACACAUUCCCAACGGCUAUUACGCCGCUCCCAGCGCCAGUCACGAACACGAGAACUUGACCUCAGGGUUAUUGUAUCCGAGAUUCAGCUCCAAGUCCAGGAGAGAGCGGAGCUGGCUGCACAGCGCUAUCAGUCGCACCGUAGCUAUGAAGAAUGA